AUGGCCUCCGACUUAGCACCCCCAGCAAACUCUCCAGCUGACUCAAACUCUGAGACCUUUACCUUACAAAUCCUAUCGCCUUCUGUAGGCAUACCGCAACCACUAGCGCUCCAGAAGCUUCCCAUAGGUACCACUGUUAAGCAGCUAAAGGAGCGCAUCCGAGAUGUUGUUAGCACUAAGCCUGCCGACCAGGCGCAACGUCUCAUUCAUAGAGGCCGUUUAUUGGCCCGUGAUAACGAGACAAUGACUGAUAUAUUCGGUCCGGAAGCGCUGCGCUCUACGGAUCACCAAACGUUACAUCUAGUGUUACGAGAUCUUUCUGAUGGCCGACCAACGUCCACCCCGACUCCUCCAAACCAAAGCACUACUUCCGGUCAACCCUCGACUGGAGCGAACCCGCUUUCCCAGCACCAGCUGCAUCCCAACACUAAUCCCUUCCAACCCGAGCCUCAGGCGCGCACUGGAAUCCCUCAUUACCACGGCCUAGGCUUUGGUUCUCAAAGGCCUGUUCCCGGGAUGCCGGCUGUAGGUCAGCCCAUGGUCCUUCCGCCUGGCCUUUCUCCGCAGCAGUAUAACCAGUGGGUUAGGGCCCUAAAUGCUCACGUAGGAGCUCGCGACCAUAACCAACGAACAGCUACGCCGGGGGCGCAAGACAUACCUAUUGCCAGCGCAAGGGGAACACCGGGAAUGAGUACACCUGGAAGGAUAGCUUCGCCGUUCCAGUCAGAGAUGACGCGUACUACAAUCAGUGAGAGAACCGAUACUAAUGGGUUACACUGGCGAAUAACUUACAACGAAACAUUUGCAAAUCCAUUACAGCGACCAGGAAAUACUUGGAGUUCUCAGGCACGCUCUGUUCCGAAUGGGAGCCAGCUUUACGAUAAUGAAGCACAGGAUAUUCUACGAGCUGCGGAUACUAACGCGGCAACUAGGGUCAUGGCUGAUGCUAUGCGAAGGAAUGCUAGCAGCUCUUCCCUAGCAAGUCUUGCAACCGGCCAAGCUCAGUAUCCUAUUCCACCUGGGGUUACUACACCAUUAAUUCCAUCUCGAGCGGGCAGCGCCACUGCUACACCUGAUCCGUUUAGAGCAGCUGGUCAGUCCAGAAGCCUACCUGUACACCAAACUCAGACCCAUUCGUCUCAAAACACACCAGAGGUGUAUAUCCUGUCUUCCCCUAGUGGACCUCGUGCCUUGUUGCUCAAUGGCGGCUUAGAAACAUAUUUCAGCUCUUCAACUCGAAUCGUAAAUCCAUCUAUGAGUGUACCAUUUGUGCAGAGGCAGUAUCCACUUACAUUUGCCAAUGCUCUCCAUCCGCAAUAUACGGCGCCGGCACCAGCGCCAGCCCUACCACAAAUGCCUCCAGCCGGACGAAGCCACAUAGGACAUAAUCCUGCGCAACCACAGCAACAUCAGGCUCAACAACAGCAUGGUUUGCCUCAACCCCUUCAGAUGCCACAUAUAGGACAUGCUGUAGCUCGUGCAGACAACCCACAAAUUCAGGCUAUUAGAAUAGCUCAUUUAUGGCCGCAUAUCUGGUUGGUCGCUCGUAUUGGCUUCUUCAUCUGGUUGUUCUCAUCGCCAAGAUCUAGCUGGUCUCGCUUCUUUUUCAUGAUUGGCGCCGCAAUUGUCAUGUUUCUCGCCCGCACUGGCCUUUUGAAUCAACUGUGGGUCCCUUUCCGCCAACGCUUGGAGAACUUGAUACCUCCAGCCGACGGCCACCACGGCGCAGCAGUACAAGUAGACGCACAGGGCGGGGGCGUUCAGGGCGGAAAUGGUGUUGUGGCGGAUGGCGGACAACAGCAGAGGGAACUACAUCCGGCAGAUACGGCAGCCAGGCUGGUGCAGCAGCGACGUCAUGCGAAUGCCAACUGGUUGAUGGACCAAGUUAGGAGGUUAGAACGUGCUGGUAUCCUGUUUCUUGCUAGUAUCGCUCCAGGAGUUGCUGAGCGGCAUAUCGCGCAAGUUGAAUCCGAGGCGCGGGCCGGGCGUAGACGGCGGGAGGAGGCCGAAGCUGCCGCUGCCGCUCAGCAAUCUGAGAGACCAGAUGAUGCAGAACAGGGCGGAGAUAGUGAUACUGCCACUGCUACCGCUAGUGAGGAGUCGGGGGGUCAGGAUCGAUCACCGGAAGGCGAGAGGGGUAACGAGAGACCGCCUGCUGCGGAAGAGCCGCUCAUUGACAUAUAA